AUGACAGCUACUAUUUUGAUGCUUGGGCAUAAUAAUAAUUCAAAUAAACAACAAAAACUUCAAAAACAAAAUUCUAUGCCAAUUGUAGAAAGGCAACUUUCUGUUAUUUUCGACACAAUUGAUUUUACUCAAGUAACAUCUCCUCUCAAACCUUUGGCUGAAUUAUGCCGUUUAAGAUGUAAAAAAGCGCGUCUUGAACCCAAAAAUAUUUCUGAACAGUUGCCAGAAUCAUUAUGGAUUAAAAUAUUUUCAUAUCUCGGACCUCUGGAAAGAAUAUCGUUGGGACAAUGUUCUAGAAGACUUCAAUUAAUAACUUCUCAUUGGCUUGAUGUUAAUAGUUUGGAAAUACGUCCAGAAUGGGCAAAUGGUCCAUCAAUUUGUCCUUCUCCUCCUCCACCGCCAGCACAAUCACAAGCAAUUUCAACAGGUCUUCCUCUUUCUUCAGGCUAUCGUCGACGUCUUCCCUCUCUCCGUUCAAAACCAAAAAACCAGCCAAAAUCUUUUCAUUUACGUUUUCAACUUUCUUCAGGCCAUUCUUUUCGCAUUAAAACAAUAAAUUCAUCAGAGGAUUCUGAACAACCCGAAAGACUUCUAAAAAUUUUACUCUGUCGAUUGGCAAAUGGACAACUUUUAGAAUUAACAAUUUGGGAUGCUUGUCUUUCUGAAAGAUUAAGAAAUUGUAUUAUUCGCUGUUCUCAAUUACUUCGUUGUUUACGUCUUUGGAAUUGUGGCCGUUGGUUAAAUACAUAUCAUCCAUCACCUUUAUUAAUUUCAUUAAUUGGUUUAACUUCUUUAAAACAAUUAUUUAUAUUAGAUUCAACAACAAUUAAUUAUAAUAAUUCAUCAAAUGAAUCUGCUAAUUCCUUUUUUUCCUCUUCAUCUUCACCAACAUCUUCCUUCUCUUCUUUUUCUUCUUCCACAUCCAAAUUUAUUUUUUCAAAAAAUUUAGCAAAAGCUAUAAAUGCCCCACUAGAGGAGCUUCAAUUGACAAAUUGCAGACUUUCUCUUAGUGCUUUAGAAUUAAUUUUACCAAAAUGUUCAGAGUCUCUUAAAAGAUUAUCAAUAGGAUGCACUUUUGGUAAGGAACAAAAAAGAAUUCAAUAUUUACAGUUAUUAUGCCAAUUUAAAAAAUUAAAUGAUUUGGAUUUGCCACCUUUUAUUUUUCAUCUUGGUGACCAACCAAAACCUGAUAUUUUGGGACAAAAAUUUUUAAAAGAAAUGACAAAUUUACGAGCAAUUGGAUUUAGGUAUUUAUUUAAAUAUUUUAAUUUUUUAAACUUACUUUUUGAAAGACAUUUCAAUUCUUCCGCUUUAUUCCGUUUUAUUGAAUUUUAUUUACCCAAAAAUAUUCGUGUUUUACGUGUUCAUCAUAAUGCUCGACGAAUUCCAAAUUUUGCUGAAAUUGGCGGACUGUCUUCAAAUUGUUCAAUACAAGAACCAAUUUCAACAACAACAAAAACAUCAUUAAAUAGUUGUUCUUCACCUUCUCUAUCCUUUUCUAAUUACUUCUCUUCAUCUACUACAAGUUCGACCUAUCAAAAAAAAUAUUCAAAGGGUUCCCUAUUUUCAAAUAAUUCUUCUAUUGAUUCUUCUAAUAAUGAUAUUAAUUUAACUAUUGAACAACAACAAAAUAUAAAAUUAAUAAAUUUAAAAAAAUCUUCAACUUUCCAUACUUCUUCCUCACCACGAAUUCCUUCUUCUGCUUGUUCAACAAUUUCAUGGCCAGGAACUAAUAAUUCUACAAAAGAAGAUGAACAACUUUCUCUUGCUACUUCUUCGACUUGGUGUACUUUAAGCACAGAUUUAUUACAAAAUAAAGAUAAUAAAGUUAAAGAGAAAUCUUCAAAUGUUAAUAAAUUAUUUUCUAAUCGAAAAUUGACAAUUUUUGCUAUUGCUGAAGAACGUCAACUUAAUUUAACAAAAAGAAACAGAAAACAACAAAGAUUAAAAAAAUGCAAAUUUAAUGGGAUUGAAGUUAUUUAUGUUUCUGCUGCUGAAGCGCAAAGUUCUCAAGAAGUACUCGGUCGUAUGGGAUCACCAAUACAAUCACCAUAUGUUUAUACAACAAAUCAAAAUAAUAAUCAACCAUCUGGAGUUCAAAGAGUAAUACAUGGUGAUUUGGUUAAAACAAUUCCUCUUUCAUCUCUUGGAAUGGAAUCUGAUUGGGAAAGUGAUAUUGAAUAA